AUGGCGCGGCCAGAGCUUGAUGGCCCUGUGCGGGCUCGGCGGCGCCAUCUGCAAGCGGUAGGCCAGGCGGUCAAGGCCAUGGAGGCUGAACUCUAUUCACUGGACGAGCAGCUGGCAGCUUUGGAACGGGAGUGCGGCUGUCCCCGGCCUAAACACCAGCGCCUAGCGCCCCAUUCCCUACAGCGGUCGUCUUCAGCCAAGGCGUUGGCAGAUCUGGCCACCACCACCCUGAGCGCGGCCACGGCUCGCUCGCAGAUGCGCUUUCGCAUGCGCUGGCAACUGAAGACAUGGAGGAUGAGGAGGAGGUUGCAGCCGGCUGGGAAGAGGGCCUUGGCUGUGCUCCACGUCUCUCCACGCUACGGAAGGGUGGAUGCCAAGCUGCUGGGUCUCCAGAGGUCGCGGAACAUGAAGCAAAAGAUCGCGGAGGGCCGGUACACUCACACAUGGGGACAGUUCAAGCAAGAUCGGUUCCGUCGGGCCCUGCAAAUGCCCGAAGAGACGAAGGUGCCGCCUUUGGAACGGGUGGCCUUGCUUGCCUGGGAGGGUCGCAGAUCCCAGGGCCAGCCAGCCUCAUACAGUAACCCAGAUGGCUCGAGAGAGAGUUUGCGCCUGACGUUGUGGGCCGCACAAGAGUCGAUCGACUCCCUGUUAAAAUGGUGCCAGUGGUUUGAGUCUUGGCCUAACUCACUGCCGCGGCAACCUUACCCAGUUUUUAUUCCAACCAAAGGCCGUGCCAAAGAUGCCCACCUGAAUUGGCGAGCAGCGCACUGCUUUGGUCGCGAGGCCUUCGAGAAAACUGAUGAGCAAACUCCCUGCGCCUUCGUUGUUGCAGUUGUGGAGCCAUCGGAGGCCAACGAGUAUCGCGAAGUUUGGGCAGACCUGCCACUGCUUGUCUUGCCAGAGAGCGACAUGGGCCCAGCUUUUGUGCGCUGGUGUAUCCAAAAGAUUUCCUCGGGCUUUCGCACCGAACUUUCCCACGAGCUAGGGCAGCUAGGGCCCGUGCACCAGAUGAGAUACUGCUGGCUGGUGGACGACAGCAUCACUAGCUUCUACAGGCUCGAUCCCCUGUCGGCGCAGCUUCUCCAGGAGGAGGAAGAGCGGCUCCUCAAUCGUGGCGCAUUGGUCCCGGCCACGCCACUUUGCAAGCCCACAGGGCGGAAGACUGAGCGACGUUCCCAGGGCGCGAUGUUUGCUGAAGCCAUGCUGGCAGUUCAAAGGCAAGCUUCGCGGGGAGUCUGCGCGAUUUGUGGCUUCCUACGUGAUGAUGGCACAGCACCGAUGAAGUCUGCACAGUGGGCUCUCGACAGCACCUCUGUCUUCAAGGUGGUCCUCCUGAAUCUUGUGGAGCUUGCGAAGCUGCAGGUGGAGUACGUACCACAGCUGCGACUUUUCGAGGAUGUCUGUCUGAAUGUGCAGACACGCAAUGCGGGAGGUCGUAUUUUGAAGUGUAUGACAUACUGCUACUGGGCAGACAACAAAUCCUUUGGCGGCUGCGCCGCGCAGAGGGCUCAGAAUGCCGCGGCCACACGAUGCACAGGGCUGGACGAUCUCAUCAGCGCCUCAGAUUUCAUGGAGCUUCCGGACGACACGAAGGAGGCCCUGCAGCAUGUGUAUUCCUGGGUGCACCGUGAUGAGGAGCGGUCACGGCAGCGGAAGGAGUCUUUAGGCUUGCCGGCUCCCUUGCCGGCCCCGGAUACGGCCCUGCCCCUCUCAGACGCCGAAGCAGGGAGUGGCGUCACCUUCCUCGACGAGCACUUCUUCGACCCUUUCCAAGAUCCGGAUGUGGAUCAACUUGCGUUGGAUGACGUCCAAGUCAUCCAGGGGACACAGCAAAAGCAGAAGGAUGGGCAAAAAGCCAACGAGCGCCGCGGUUUUUCCCUCCUUCGGCCAUCCGGCCAGGACGAAGUGGUGGUCUUGGACUGCGACUAG